UUUGGGGAGCGGAGUGAGGGACAUCCACAUAUUCUGACGGCACUGCUGGUGUGUUCACCUCUGCCACCUUGUCCACCUCUAUCAUUGUGUGCCCGAAACCGACCCUGGAGCACGCAGUAGGAAUUAGUCAUUCUCUGACCUCCUAUGGCAAAAUGGUCAAGAAAUACAGCGUCACAUUAAAGAAGGCGGGUUAAGCUCAUUAGGGGAAGCAGUUCAGUCCUUGCAAUUUAUCAAGGUCUGAGUCUGUACCACUGUGUUCUUACCCAUCCUCCUGCCUGCUAGCUUCAAGAACGUCAUCAUGUCUCAUGGUCAGAAGAGGCAGUAUUGCGACUUUCAGGGAGAAUCUCAGACCCCAAAAGAAGAACAGGACCAGAUGAAUUCUGAUCUCUCUGUGGCUGAGGGAGAGGAGUCCAAUGACAACUCCUCCUCUUCCACUAGCCCAGCCCUCCCCAGGAAGAUACCUUCUGGUGGGAUACCAAAUUGUCCCCAGAGUCCUCAGCGAGCCUUAUCUCCUCCCACUGUCAUGGCCUCCAUUCCAAUAUCCCCAUCUGAUGAGGCCUCUGGCAACCCAAGAGGGGAGCUGGUAUUGUACCAUGCCCUAAGUGCAAAGGUGGCUGAUUUGGUGCAGUUCCUGCUCCUCAAGUAUAGAUUGAAGGAGCUGACUAACAAGGCAGAAAUUAUAGAAAAGAGUAUUGGGGAUGAUGAACAGCACUACAGUAGGAUCUUUAAUGAGGCCUCUGAGGGUUUGAAGCUUGUAUUUGGCAUUGAUGUAAUAGAAGUGGACCCUGUUAUCCACACCUAUGCCCUUGUCAUUGCCCUGGGAAUCACUUAUGAUGGGAUGCUUACUGAUGUCCAAGGCAUGCCCAAAACAGGCCUCCUAAUAACUGUCCUAGGUGUCAUCUGCAUGUAUGGAAAUCGUGUCAGUGAGAAUGUGAUCUGGCGAGCACUAAAUAUGAUGGGAGUAACUCCCAUAGAAAAUCACUAUAUAGCCGGGAAUGCCAAGAAGCUUUUCAUUGAAAAUUUUGUACAGGAAGGGUACCUGGAAUACAUUCCAGUUCCUAACAGUGAUCCUCCUUGCUGUGAGUUCCUAUGGGGUCCAAGGGCCCAUGCUGAAACCAGAAGUGUGGAUGUCUUAGAGUUUUUGACUCAGGUCAGCAGGAUAAUCUAAGUGGUUCCAGACACUUCCAAUCCCUGUAUUUAGAGGCUUUGAGAGAACAGGGAAUUUUGCUUAGCAUUGCCACCACCAAUAGCAUACUGUAUGUCCAAUAUAAGUUCUAGUGCAACAUUCAAAAGCUUUCUGGAUGAAGUCUCAGAUCAGUCUGCACUGUGUUUGAGGGUGACAGUCACUGUUUUAAGUAGUAAAGAGCUAGUGAAAGUACAUGAAUAACAUCGUUUUUCCUGUUUUAUAAGGGUAACUUGGAACCUUUUUUUAGUAUUUUUAAAUUUUGUUUUGUUUAAUUGAAAGAUUUAAUGAACUUCAGAAUCUAAGUCUAUAAAUGGCAUUAAUGACACAUUUAUUGCUUUCUGCAGUGGGAUCACACUAUGUAGCCAUAGCCAGUCUGGAAUUCUCUAUAGACCAAGAGGCAGAUCCACCUAUCUCUUCCUCCUGAGUGCCAGGUUUAAAGAUCUGUGCCCCAUGCCUACCCAUCUUUUGCUAUUUUAUAUAACAAAACCCUCCAUCUUAUUUUGUGGUCUGUAAUAACAUUGGAAUAGGAAUUUAAUUUGAAAUGUGAAAGAAUUUAAUAAUAUAUGCAAUGUCAAUAAGCAGAGAAAAAUUGAAAGAAAUUAAUUCUUAUUUUCCCCUUCAACAAAAUCUGUUCCUCUGUAAAAUUAAGUUACAUGAGUAGAUCCAAAUGGCUUUUUGAAAUUGUAUGAGGAAUUACAUCCUAAUAUGUCACCCAGUAUGAAGCUCCACAGCUUCAGAAUUGUAGAGAAGUUCACUAUGAUGUAUAGACUCUGGAUCUGAUUAAUUUCUA